GAUGAUUUGAACGAUUCAUGUGAAAAAUUAUUUCUUGUGCUAGUUACGCAUUCAUACUAUUAUUAAUAAAUUUAUUGUCAUUAUGUCCGUGGAAAAUUCACCAGUGAAGCCUUCAAAAUCACCUAGCGUCAUAGAAACAUUGGACGACUACGAAAAUCAAGAUACAUUGUUGAAACAUGUUGAUAUAUCAAUUGUUGAGUCUGAGAAGCGCGCCAAUGGCACUCUUCACGUACGUGAUCAUUACACAGUGUAUCUAAUCGAUCUCAAAGUAACUGACCUAGAAUAUAAACUAGUACAGUCUAAAAUCAGUACAAUAUGGAGACGGUAUACAGAAUUUGAACAAAUACAUGAUUAUCUUCAAGUGACAUAUCCACAUGUUGUCAUCCCACCACUACCAGAAAAAAGAGUACUUUACGCAUGGCGAAAGUCAGAUACGACAGACCCAGAGUUUGUAGAACGCAGGAGGGCUGGUCUCGAGAACUUCUUGAUGCGUGUCGCGUCACACCCACGCAUAUGCUUUGACGACCAGUUCAUAAACUUCUUACAGCAAGAACAUGGCUGGCGGGAGACCAUUACUGACAGUGGUUACAAAUUACAAGCUGAAAAUAAAAUUAAGUCUUUGUCAGUAUCCAUCAGACUAAAGAAACCGGAUCCAGAGAUAGAAACUGUUAAAAAUUAUGGAAAACAAUUAGAAACCAACUUAGGAAAUUUUCUAUACACUAGAUCAAAAAUAAUGGAGAAGAACUAUGCAUUAUGCAAACUUCAUGCGAACUAUGGCAAACUAUUCAGUGAAUGGAGUGUUAUAGAGAAAGAGUUGGGGGAUGGUUUACAAAAGGCAGGACACUAUUUUGAUUCUAUUGCGGACAGUAUAGACUCCGUAGCAGAAGAUGAAGAACAGUUAGCGGACCAGCUGAAGGAGUACCUGUUCUACGCGGGCGCGCUGCAGCAGCUGUGCUGCAACCACGAGGGGUUACAGCGGGCGCUGGAAAACGCACAUGAUACCCUCAAUAAUAGAAUAGCAGAACGCAACCGCGCUGCAGCCGGCAAGUCCGGUAUAAUGUCCCGUUUGUUCGGAACCACCGAUCCGGAUAUAGUGCGCGAUCAAACGACGCGCGCGCUCGACACCAAAAUUAUAGCCGAUAAGGAUGCCAUAGAGAAAGCGCGCAGGGAUCUAGAUGAAUUCGCAAAAAAGGCCUCUGUAGAAAUCGAACAUUUUCAGAAGCAAAAAGACAAGGACUUACACGAAUCACUAGUCAGCUUCAUAACGUUACAAGUCAAGGCGGCGAAAAAGGUAAGGUUAUAUAAAUAAAAAAAUGUCUAUGGAUUUUUCUCCCUCCCAGACCGGCAUAGUAUAUUAUGAAGCUUUGGGAAAAAAGGAUGCUCCGUUUACC